CUCCCUCCCUUCCGGAGACAUGUCGCCAGGCGAUGCCGGAGAAGCAGCGAUGGCGGCCUCCCUGUUGGCGUGCGGGGCCCUGGUGGCGCUGAGCUGGGUGCUGGGUGGGCGCCUAGGCCGGCAAUGCGGUGCCUCCCGCCCGGAUCAAUGGCUGCUCCGCUGGCUCUGCUGGGACGCCCUUGUCCACGCCGUCCUGGAAGGUUCGUUCGUGUACCUGUCUCUGGGGGGAAGUGUUGCAAAAUCAGACAGUGUAAUUGCCUCAUUAUGGAAGGAAUAUGGCAAAGCAGAUGCAAGGUGGCUACACUCCGAUCCCACUAUUGUCUCAGUGGAGAUACUAACUGUUUUUCUGGAUGGGCUUUUAGCAUUGAUUCUCAUUUAUGCUAUUCUCAAACAGAAGCAUUACCGACACUUUGUGCAGAUUACGCUUUGUGUUUGUGAAUUAUAUGGAGGAUGGAUGACCUUUUGUCCAGAGUGGCUCACAGGGAGUCCCAACCUGAACACCAGUUCCUGGAUGUAUCUGUGGGUCUAUUUAGGUUUUUUUAAUGGCUUAUGGGUGAUUAUCCCCAUAGGUCUACUGAUACAGUCUUGGGUAGCCCUCAGAAAAAUGCAUGAUGAACGAUCUAAUCGGAAAAAAUACAAAUAAUGACAUUAUAAUUGCCAAUUCAAAUUAACUGUGGCUUGACCUUGAAUCUCGCCAAUAUAGAAAGCUACUUCUAGGAGCAGAAGAGCAAAAUUAAAAGUUGAUUUUUUUAGAUGAAGACCACAAGGCAUCUGAUAAUUUUCCUACCCCUGAUCAAAAAAUAAAAUGAGAAUGAAUAUUAAUAAAACAAUUAUAAUACGUAGUUUAUAAAGACUUUUCAGUGACUCUGCUGCCAGUAAUGAAAGGACCAAGGCAUUGACAUCUCUGACCCAUCCUCUGUUUGGAUAUCAGCCAGCAAAAUCAAGAAAUAGUUUUCUGAGUUCUACAGAGAUACUUGCAGGAACACCUCAGCAAGCUAGAGUCCAAUAGUGGCAGACUAAAACCUGGAACCUCAAUCAGAAGCUGAGACCAGAUGAGAGACUCCCUCCUGUGCACACAGAAGAGUGAAUGACCUGGAAGGUACUGAACAGAGUGCACUCUGGCACCACAAGAUGCAGACCCAAUCUUAAGAAAUGGGACUACUAGGUGGAGUCCGCGACAUGUGAGUGUGGAGAAAAGCAAACCACAGACCACUUACUAGAAUGCAGCCUGAGUCCCGCCACAUGCACAAUGGAGGACCUUCUCACAGCGACACCAGAGGCACUCAAAGUGGGCAACUUCUGGUCAAAGGAAAUUUAGUACAGUGCCAAGUUUUAUACUUUGUAGGUUUUUAUAUACAUUAUAACUAUUUUCAAUUAGUUUCUGACACAAUAAAUAAAAUAAGUGACUCUGCAACCAGCUACUCGCAAAUCACUGACCUGAAUACAGCUAAUGUUUACAGGAAAUUUUAGGGCUCAAGAAUAAAAAGUGCAUUGUAAAAGUUUACUAUUUAUAACAAAUGAUUUUUAUAUAAUUGUAUUCUUUAAUAACGAGUUUGUGGUGGGUAGGGUUUUGUGUUUUUUAACUUCUGUCUUUGCAUUAAAAACCAUUUGUGAUUA